AUGUCCAUGCUGCCCACCUUCGGCUUCACGCAGGAGCAAGUGGCGUGCGUGUGCGAGGUGCUGCAGCAGGGCGGCAACAUCGAGCGGCUGGGCCGCUUCCUGUGGUCGCUGCCCGCCUGCGAGCACCUCCACAAGAAUGAAAGCGUGCUCAAGGCCAAGGCGGUGGUGGCCUUCCACCGCGGCAACUUCCGGGAGCUCUACAAGAUCCUGGAGAGCCACCAGUUCUCGCCGCACAACCACGCCAAGCUGCAGCAGCUGUGGCUCAAGGCGCACUACAUCGAGGCGGAGAAGCUGCGCGGCCGGCCCCUGGGCGCAGUGGGCAAGUACCGCGUGCGCCGCAAGUUCCCGCUGCCGCGCUCCAUCUGGGACGGCGAGGAGACCAGCUACUGCUUCAAGGAGAAGAGUCGCAGCGUGCUGCGCGAGUGGUACGCGCACAACCCCUACCCCUCGCCGCGUGAGAAGCGCGAGCUGGCGGAGGCCACGGGCCUCACCACCACGCAGGUCAGCAACUGGUUCAAGAACCGGCGGCAGCGCGACCGGGCAGCCGAGGCCAAAGAAAGGUACGAGGAGAACAGCGAGAACGCCAACUCCAACAGCCACAACCCGCUGGCCGCGACGCUGAACGGCAGCGGCAAGUCGGUGCUAGGCAGCUCGGAGGACGAGAAGACGCCGUCGGGGACGCCGGACCAUUCGUCGUCCAGCCCCGCGCUGCUGCUCAGCCCGCCGCCGCCCCCUGGCCUGCCGCCCCUGCACAGCCUGGGCCACCCUCCCGGCCCCAGCGCCGUGCCGGUGCCCGUACCGGGCGGAGGCGGUGCCGACCCACUGCAGCACCACCACGGUCUGCAGGACUCCAUCCUCAACCCCAUGUCGGCCAACCUCGUGGACCUGGGGUCCUAGAGCCCCGCCUGUCUGGACGCGCUCGUCCUACGGGCUUGGCGCCGGGGACCCGAGAGACGGCGUCGGGAUGGCACCCUGCGGCCGGCGGGCCCCACCAGGUACUGAAAGACCCGGCGCGCAGCGCGGGCGCAACCGCCGGCCCAGGCAGGGCGGAUGGCUCUUUGUUUGAUCUUUGUCUGGGAUUUAUUUUCAACAAGUUGCUUCUGCGGUCGUUUGGAGGCCUGGGACCGGGCCUUGAACCAGGGAAGGGAAUAAAUUAUACACCAUUCUCACACUCUCUCCCUACCUUCUCACCCCUUCUUUCCUCUUCCCGGUCCCUUCCCUUCCUUGCUCUCAUUUCCAGUGCCUUUCCCUUCCUUCUCUCUUGUCCCUUUCUCCUUCCCCCGUUCCUCUCUAUAUUUCUGGCUGGUCACCUCUCGCUAAGUUUCCGUUUCUCUUUUUCCCCGUUUUUCCGGUUCUCCUCUACCAGCCUCUCGCACUCCUGGGUCUGUACCCCAAAGCCUCUCUCCUCCUGCCUGGAUGUCGGUUUGUGCCCUCCUCUCCCACUUUCCCAGCCUAGAUGUAGGAGGGGGGAAGAGCAGAGGAACCCGGCCUUCUCCAGAGCUCCCGGCCACUGGGCGGCCUUCUCCAGAGCUCCCGGCCACUGGGCUUCGGCGGCCGCAGGUGUCAGCUGUGCGCCUAGUAACUUAAGUGAAAGAGAAAGGACCAGGGCGGUGCGGACGCCUCUGAACCUGCCCUUGCCGCUUGCCCCUCUCCUCUCUCGGUGAGGCCCGCCACACUCUCUCCCCUUCCUCCCGGGGACUGUGGCCACAGGGCCCCCGACAGAGUGUGCCUCCUGCGCCGCGGACUUGCCGUCUCCCUGUUACGCCCUCAUGUGAAUGUUCUUUGGGAAAUAUUUCUGCUUUUAUUUUAUAAUAAAAUUAGAAAUCAUAUA